AUGGCUGCUAGCAGGUCGGCGGCGAUGACCAUGUGCGCCACAACACGUCUCGUCGUCAUCUCGCUGGUCUACUUGAUGGUCGGUGGCACCAGCCGUGGUGCCCUCCGCGCGUCCUGCCUCUCCUUCGACUUCGACUUCUCCAACGCCUCCACGUUCAGCCUCGCGGACUUCACGACCGCGGGCGCCGCCGCAUUCCACGGCCAACUCUUCGACCUCACGGCGAACGCGUACAGGGCUGGCCUCUCCUUCAGCGUGGGCAGGGUAGCGUACGCGCACCCGGUGCCGCUUCGGGACAAGGCCACGGGGCAGGUGGCCAGCUUCACCACCGCCUUCUCCUUCGCCAUCAACAUCACCGACAUGAACAACAAGGGCGACGGCAUGGCCUUCUUCUUCGGCCACUACCCGUCGGCGCUGCCGCCCAACUCGGAGGGCGACUACUGCCUCAACCGGACCGUCGGCCUUAGCCAGGAGGACAGGUUCGUGGCCGUGGAGUUCGACACGUUCAAUGACAGCUGGGAUCCGAACGUGACCUACGACCACAUGGGCAUCGACGUGAACUCGAUCGUGUCCGUGGGCACCAUCACGCUGCCGAGCUUCAGCCUGAACGGGCAGAUGAGCGCGCGGGUGGACUACAACAGCAGCACCAGCGUGAUGGACGUCGAGCUGAGGUUCGACCACAGCCCCAAGUUCGGCGACGCGACACCAACCUUCAACGUCAGUGCCAAGGUUGAUCUCGGCACGGCGCUGCCGGAGCAGGUGGCCAUCGGGUUCUCGGCGGCAACUGGCUCGUCCAUUGAGCUGCACCAGUUGCUCUCUUGGUCCUUCAGCUUGGUGCACCAGGACCAGGGCAGGACGCGCCUCGUGGAAUGGGUCUGGGGCCUGUAUGGGAGAGGGUCCGUUCUUGAAGCCGCCGACGAGCGGAUGGACGGCGAGUUCGACCACGGCGAGAUGGAGCGUGUGAUGGUCGUCGGGCUGGCGUGCGCCCAUCCAGACCCCAGCCUGCGGCCUUCCAUCAGGCAUGCUUCAGUGUGA